AUGGCCCUAAAGGCCGUCGACCUCGCUACGGUAAAGGCGCUGGACAUCAUCGACAUCCAAAAUGCGCGUGUCGAGAUCAAUCUCAAGGACGAGAUCCUCUCACAGAUGAACCCCGAGCAGGGUCCUCGCACGCUGCCCACGCUGCUUCUAUACGACGAGAGAGGACUGCAGCUAUUUGAAGAUAUCACAUAUCUGGACGAAUAUUACUUGACAAACUACGAGAUCGAGUUGUUGAAGAAGUCGUCGGCGGAAAUCGCCAGCAAGAUUCCUGAGGGGGCCAUGGUGGUGGAGUUGGGCAGCGGAAAUCUUCGAAAAGUCUGUCUGUUGCUGCAGGCGUUUGAAGACGCAAAGAAGAGCAUCGACUACUUUGCGCUGGAUCUGUCUCAGACCGAGCUGGAGCGCACGCUGGCAGAAGUGCCCGCGUUCGAAUACGUGACCUGCCGCGGUUUGCUCGGUACAUACGACGAUGGCCGCGAAUGGCUCAAGCAGGAGGCGCUCCUGGAUCGACCAAAGUGCAUUGUGCACCUUGGCUCAAGUAUUGGCAACUUUAAUCGCGACGAGGCGGCCGAUUUUCUCAAGUCAUUUGCAGAGGGGCUGCAGCCCGCAGAUCUGAUGAUUGUGGGCGUCGACUCAUGUCAAAACCCCGACAAGGUCUAUCAUGCAUACAACGACAGCAAGGGAAUCACACACCAAUUUGUCCUCAAUGGACUCGCUCACGCCAACGAGAUUCUCGGCGAUGAAGUAUUCAACGUCGAGGAUUGGCACGUCACCGGCGAGUAUGUCUAUGACAUCGACGGUGGCCGCCAUCAGGCAUUUGUUUCGCCCCUUGAAAUCUCCUCGGUUCUUGGUCACAUCAUCAAGCCGCAUGAGCGCAUCAAGAUUGAGCAGAGCUUCAAGUACUCAGAGCUGGGUAUUGAGAAGUUGUGGAAGACGGCUGGCCUCGACGAGGUUGCGAAAUGGAGCAAAAAUGGUGAAUAUGGGCUUCACAUGCUGAAAAAAGCAAAAUUGCCCUUCACCAGGCUCCCUGAGCUUUAUGCCAAGGAGGCUCUGCCUACCUGGUCUGACUGGGAGAGUCUCUGGGCGGCGUGGGAUACCGUCACCAGGAAGAUGCUCCCCGAUGAAGAGCUCAACGAGAAGCCAAUCAAGCUGCGUAACGCAUGCAUUUUCUACCUCGGCCACAUUCCAGCUUUCCUCGACAUUCAGCUGAAGAAGACGACAGGAGCUGGUGGAACAGAGCCUGUCUAUUUCCAUUCCAUCUUUGAGAGAGGCAUUGACCCCGACGUCGAUAACCCCGAACACUGCCACGUCCACUCUGAAAUUCCAGAUGAGUGGCCUUCCCUGGAGGAUAUCUUGAAGUAUCAAGACGCUGUUCGCGAAAGACUUCGCAAACUUUACGCCAACAAAGAUCAGCUGGACAAGGACGUCCGCCGUGCUAUUUGGGUCGGAUUCGAGCACGAGGUUCUUCACGUUGAGACUCUGCUUUAUAUGCUGCUGCAGAGCGACAAGACUCUUCCGCCGCCACACACGGUGGUUCCAGAUUUCCCAAAGAUUGCCCAAAAGGCAUACGCCGCGCGCGUACCAAACCAGUGGUUUGAUAUUCCCGAACAGGUGAUUACUAUCGGCAUGGACGAUCCCGAGGACGAGCUCGACCCACGACGUCAUCUUGGAUGGGAUAACGAGAAGCCUGCAAGGCAACAAAAAGUCCAUGCUUUCCAGGCAAAGGGAAGAGCCAUCACCAACGAAGAGUACGCCAAAUAUCUCUAUUCAUCUCACAUCAAGGACCUCCCGGCUUCUUGGUCCAUCAUUCCUCCCAACUAUCACCACAACACCAACGCCACCACAGUCGGAAAGCCCAUUCUCAGCGAGCUUCCCGAGAGCUUUAUUCACGACAAAGCUGUGCGCACAGUCUAUGGACUUGUGCCCCUGAGAUACGCUCUAGACUGGCCCGUGUUUGCCUCGUAUGACGAACUCUCUGGGUGCGCUUCCUGGAUGGGCGGCAGAAUUCCGACCAUGGAAGAGGCCGAAAGCAUUUAUGCGUACGCAGAGAAGCAGAAGGACAUUGCGAAGCAGAGCAAGUUAGUUAAUAAGGUUCCAGCAGUUAAUGGACACCUAGUCAAUGACGGUGUUCAAGAAACACCCCCAUCGACUACUCCCCCCUCCUCUCUCUUUGUCGAUCUCAGUAACUCCAAUACCGGCUUCCUCCACUGGCACCCUGUUCCUGUAACUCCCAACGGCGGUUCUCUCGCUGGCCAAGCUGAGCUUGGUGGCGUCUGGGAAUGGACAAGCACAGUCCUGCGCCCGCAUGAGGGAUUUACUCCCAUGGGUCUUUACCCUCUCUACACGACUGACUUCUUUGACGAGAAGCACAACGUCGUGUUGGGCGGAUCAUGGGCAACGCACCCGCGUGUAGCUGGUAGAAAGAGUUUUGUCAACUGGUACCAGAGGAACUACUUGUAUCCUUGGGCUGGAGCCAGAUUGGUACGGGAUAUCUAA